AGUAAAUCUAUAGUUUUUUCAUCCAAAUAUCUUUUUUUUUUUUAAAAAAAAAAAAAAAGGAAGAAGAAGAAGAAGUUCCAAUCUGUUAAACACUAGUUUUUACAGCUCAAGCUUGGAGCAUUUUGAUACGUGAUGGUGAAUGCGGUCAAAGGAUUGUUCCUAUCAUGUGAUAUACCCAUGACGCAGUUCAUUAUCAAUAUGAAUGCGGCAUUGCCUCAAUCACAAAAGUUUAUUAUACAUGUUUUGGACAAUACGCAUCUGUUUGUUCGAUCUGAUAUGGCUGGAAUGAUUCGUAGUGCUAUUCAGGAAUUCAGAGACGCGAACACAUAUGAGAAGCCUGCUUAGUGUUUGAUGAAGUUGAGCCAUCCUGUGUGCACACACUGGAUUCCUUGUACCUUGUACCUUGUUCUAGUUUUUCCUUUCACUGUCAAAAACUCGACCCAUUAUCCUGCAAGUGAUAUCACGAAGCUUAAUUUUCAAUUUGGCAAAACUGCAAAUGAUUCAUAUUCUGUUUCUGGACA